AUGGGAGUAUUUCAAAAGAUCGUGGACACGUUUAGGAGGACAGUGAAGAAACCACCGCAACCGCAAAGUGAUAUCAAUACCGUCUCAUACUACCAGUACUUUCUUCCAUGUCAGGACGAGGACACCAUCCAAGUUGAGGAUCUCCCCAGAAAACGCAGUCCGUGUGUCAAUCUCAAAACGCUUGAAGGGUGGAAAGACUUUCAAGUGAAAGGCAACGUCUUGUUUACGGAGGAUGACUUCACAAGUCCUGAACCGUCGCGGGUGCGACAUGUUACAUCUGAAACUAAUCAGCCUGAGAGACUACACAUCCGAGACGACACCAUAUCCGAACCCGGGGAGCUUACACUUAACUCUAGUUCCAACCACGUACAUCCAACAACAAAAUCAUUCUUGUGGGGUUUUCUCCAGCGUCAUUGGCAGCUCCGCUGCAUUAUAACCGGUAUCUCUCUUCUACAGAUCCUGAACGCCUGUCAUGUCGUAGAAAGGAAGUAUAGUAAACAGGAUCUUGUAGCCAUUUACCAGGCCAUUGGAGGUUACGUGUUCAUACAUUCAAAAAUCAACAUCUUGCCUAUGACUUUUGGGAUGCACAUCGCAUGGGAUGGCGGCUUGAGAGAUAAGGGAGGAAAAGAAGGUGAGAGAGAGGGUAAGGGAGGAAACAGUGGCAGAGGAGGAAACGAUGGACAAGACGGCGGGCCAAGCGAACUGGGAGAUCUUCCCCACGAAGGGAUGGUAACACACUGCGCUGUGAUGGAAGAGGUGUCUUCGACGUUCGCCAACGAUGGCUCGGCACACUUUGACGGAGUUGUAGUUGACCACCCCAGACCAAUAUCGACAGCCAGCAUGACUGAAGCACAGUCCAUAGCGGCAGUCUGGAGAAAUCCACACAAUGUUCUCCCAAACCAUCCUCACCCCCUGCGUUACUACCUCCCCCUUUGGAAUAGACUGGGAAAUGGCUUUGCCAAACCUUUCCUCCAUUGGUCUGUAACCAGCUUAUGA